CUUCCCCGUCCAUACUUUAAGUACCGGGAGCCAAGCCUGGCGCCUUCACAUUCGUAUCCUCAGCACAACCCAAAAUUGGUAUCUACCCUCCGCCCCUGAUCCCUAACCGCGCUAAUGCGGACUAAGGCGCAUGCAGUAGCGUCUAUCGAUCCUGGGAAGUUGCGUUUGCGCGCGGAAGGAACAGCCGCGAGGUUGGUCGCUACUUCCUUCAGCUGGUAUCAGGCUUGUGCGACGUGUCAGCCUUGACGGUUCGAGUCAUCAUAUCGUGGGUUGUGCCGUGUUUCUAUUUUGUUUCGAAACCUUCUUUCGUUCAUUUUGUGUGCCCACGGGGUCCAAUUCUGUACAGUCGUACAGACUCCUGCAUGGUAGUGGGGGUGGUCGCACAGAGACGGCUGGCCGGAGUCAGUUUGUAAGCACCGCUCCUCGUUGUUGGGUCACACCGCUACGGCCGUCUCCGCCCCGUCUCUCAGCCGCUGUACGAUACGAAGACGGGGUUCGUUCCUGUUUGGAAAUGUGAAGCGAGAAAAACUCCCAUUUUAGUUCGAGGCGCAAGACAGCAAGGGCACAUGGCAUCAGACGGGAUGGGAUGACCCGGGGAUUAUAGGUUACGCAUAAUUCCGUAGCCCAGGUCCAGGGGGCUUCUUCUAAUGCGGACACCACAAUAUCUCGGGACACGUCGUGCCUGAUCGGAGAAAUGCCGCGUGGGAACCACGGUGGCUUGGCCCCUGGUUCCUGGCUUGUCCGGGGGUGGGGCAGACGAGGGUUGUCCAGCUCACGCUGAAGAUGUUGAUUAUCUACAUGUUUCAUCAUAUGGGGCUGUGGCUUGCGAGGCUGGAAGAUGGGGGCCGGAGGUGGCGUAGGAAGAGGAGGAUUACUGGGACGGAGGAUGGAAAUGGCGUCUAAUAUUAGAUAGAAGCCACUGCGCCUCGACUUGGAAGGAUGGGUUGCCUUGCCUCGUGUUGGACUGUUUCGUUUACAACGUGAGUGCGUAAUGCGAGAGGAAUUGGGCGUAGGACGAGGAGAGUGAGUACAUAGAGAGCGCGUUUCGCUGCCAUGGGGAGGAGAUCAUCAAGCAAGUGCUUUCGUUGACUUUAUCUUCGCUCUCUUAUCCCUAUUGUCCCCUUUUUCUCCCUUUUCGUUUGGGUUAAUUCGCUCCUUUAACCAUACCCGCCAAAGGCGAGACGCCACCACUCACCAACAAUGAAACCGACCACCACUACCACUCUCCUCUCCUUUCUCCCACUCUUUCUGCCCGUCUUCUCUACCCCCGUUUCUACCCGGCACUACGGAAACCCCAAACCCCCAGCCCGCCUCUUCGGCUCCUCGUUCGGCGUUCCAGGACCCCAAACAUUCGACUAUGUUAUCAUCGGCGGCGGCACCGCCGGCCUCGCCCUCGCGAGCCGCCUAAGUGAGAACCCCAACUGGACAAUCGCCGUCGUCGAGGCAGGCGGCUUCUAUGAGACGGAUAACGGGAACGUGAGCCAGGUUCCGUUAUUUGCGAGCAUAGGCUCGGAUAAGACGGCCGCUAAUUACAACCCGUUGGUUGAUUGGGGGUUCAUGACUGAGCCACAGACGGGUGCUAACAAUGCCUCUGUGCAUUAUGCGCGGGGUAAGUGCCUCGGAGGCAGUUCGGCUCGAAACUACAUGGCCUACCAACGUGGGACUGUCGAGUCUUUCGAUCUCUGGGCGACGCUUGUGGGCGACAAAUCGUACUCCUGGCGCUCCUUCCUGCCCUAUCUUCAGAAGAGUGUGCAUUUCACACCCCCUCCCGCCGGCAAGCGCGCCGCCAAUGCCACAGCGGCCGUAGAUCUUAAGACAAUUGGCCUGAACAAGGGGCCGGUCUCCCUGACCUUCUCCAAUUAUGCCAUGGCGAUCAGCAGCUAUGUGCAGAAAGGCUUUGCGGAGAUGGGGAUCCGACCCACGAACGGCUUCGCGAGUGGCACGCUGAACGGGUCGAGCUACGUGCUCGAGACGAUCGAUGAGAGCACGCAGACUCGGGAGAGUUCUGAGACGGCAUUUCUGACACCAGCGCUGGGAAGAGAUAAUUUAAUUGUAUUUGCGCAUACCCUGGCAAAAAAAGUGUUGUUUGAUAGCCAGAAAAGGGCCACAGGUGUGAGUGUAGAGACUGGCGGGAAGGUGUAUACGCUCAGUGCGAAGAAUGAGAUUGUGCUUUCGGCGGGUGCGUUUCAAAGUCCGCAGCUGCUGAUGGUAUCGGGCGUUGGACCAAAGGCAACGCUAGAUAAAUUCAACAUUCCUGUGGUGAAGAACUUGCCAGGCGUGGGGCAGAAUAUGUGGGACCAUGUGUUCUUCGGCCCCAGCUAUAAGGUCAAUGUUAUCACAGGAUCAGCAAUGGCGAGGCCUGCCUUCGCAAAGAAAGCUGUGACAGACCUUCUUGAAAAGCAAUCCGGCAUCCUUACCAACUCUGGUGGUGAUUUUUUUGCAUGGGAAAAGCUCCCACCCACCAGCCGUGCUUCCCUAGCUACCUCCGACCGCAAAGCCCUCGAUUCCUUCCCUGCCGACUGGCCCGAACUUGAAUACCUCACCGUCGGCGGCUACAUGGGGAAUAACGUCGAUUACACCACCGGCCCCUCGGACGGCUCCAACUACGCCACCGUAGUCGCCGCGCUCGUCGCCCCCCUUUCCCGCGGCACCGUUUCCAUCCGCUCCAAUGACACUUCUGACGCGCCUCUGAUCGAUCCGCGCUGGCUGACGCACCCUACAGACGUUGCUGUUGCCAUAGUUGCACAGAAGCGGUUAAGGGAGCUGUUUGCGACGAAGGCGAUGAAGGGGGUUGUGCUGGGGGAGAGGGUGUACCCUCCCGCGUCGAAGGGGGUGGAGACCGAUGCGCAGUUAUUGGCGGAGGUAAGAGCGAGCUUUAAUACGGUGUGGCACGCGGCGUGUACGUGCAAGAUGGGGAAGAAGGAGGACGAGAUGGCGGUGGUGGAUGGGAAGGCGAGGGUGUUUGGGGUGAAGGGGUUGAGGGUGGUGGAUGCGAGUUCGUUUGCGUUAUUGCCGCCGGGGCAUCCGGUGAGCGCUAUUUAUGCAUUGGCGGAGAAGAUUGCGGAUGAUAUUAAGAAGGAUCUGGUGGUUGUUUAGAUGGAGGGGUAAUGUCGAUGGAAAGCUGUCUGGGUUGUCGAAUAGGAGGUUUUAGAGAGGAACUAUCAGAGAGGAGCUGUUAGAGAAUGUCUGUGGGUAGAGAGCUAUGGGUGAGGGGAUUGGGAAAGGCCGAGAGGUUUCUUUGGGUUUCGGCGUUGAUGAAUAAUGUUAUUUCAUUCUUUCGUUCAUAUUUUGAUGUAUAGUUAGGCACAUACAGGUAUCCACAGAACAAAGGAAUAGAGAUGCAUGGAUGAAGAUCCUGUAACCAAUCGAAAUGUUGCUUA